AUGAGUCUCACACUCAUGACAGUUUAUUUUCUGCUCGAAGCUACAAUCUCUACAAUUAUACGACCCGACUGUGGCGAAAAAUAUUAUGCUGAUGAAGGAAAUCCUGACCAACGAGAAAUUCAUCACAGAUUACCUGAGGCCAGUUAUGAAGAUGUCGAAAUCACUUACUAUGGAUAUGGUAACGACUACUCCGAAAUAAAGCACGUUCUCGACCAUCGACACAAAGUUUACUUCCAGCCGAGACAUGGAAGUCUUGAGCACGCAACAGGACGGAAUCACAGCGAUAUAGACCUGCCCUAUGGUUACAGUAGUGAUCGGUACGAAAGUGAGGAACGCACCGGAUCAGAUGUGGAGAACACGAAGAGGUUCUCAUAUUUUGCGAUCGCCUCUGGUCCGGAAGAUACAUACCAGAGAGGGUACCAUGGAUCUUCCGGAUACGAUAAGUUGGAGCAUGAUUCGAAGUAUCCCGAUGGAAGCGAUGGAGAUGCAAUCGAAAGAAGCUACUUCGUCUACGGCAUACGCUACAACGAGGACAACAGCGCUUACAAAAAGUUCUAUGUUGAAUAUAGCGAUCACGGUAACCAAUAUGGGCUAGGCAAACAUGGUUUCAACAGGAAUGGUUGGAGCAGAUUCAGCUAUAGCGGGCCUUGGAAGAAUACCGGAUCCGACUCAGGUUCUGAUGCCCAUAUAUCCAUUUAA